AUGAUCGAGCAGGAUACGUUAAAAGAGUUUAAGCGAAAAAGUGAAGUGUGUAAUCAAGCAAAAAUUCAAGAGGAUGCUGACUAUCAUUUUCUGAUGAGCUUACUCCCCUAUCUGAGAAAAGUCCCUGAAGAAGGAAAACUGGAUGUGAGAACUAAGUUACAACAGGUAUUCUGUGAUGAACAGAAAUUGGCACAGCAACGACCAUACGGCAAUGACUUAAAUUCAGAUUCACAGCACCAAUCUACUUUUAACAGGCACUCAUCAGAGUUUCCGCAUCAUCCUAUAGUAAAUUACGAUGGGUCUCCACAGUUCACAAAUCUUUCUGCGCCAACUAGUGGACAAACUGGUUCCAUGGAAAAUUAUCUCAGCUCCUCAGAAUCAACGAUUCCUUCUGGGCCAAGUAGUGAAGAAAGUGCUAUUCACCAGCAGUAUGGAGACAUAGCUUCAUAUUUUUCACAAAUCAGCCCCCGAAAAUAA